AUGGAAGCCCGUUCGUAUGAUCGAGGAGGGCUCAGUAUCAUUGAAGGCAUGAUCUUGAAGGAUAUCAAAGGACCAUCGUCUUUGAUAUCGAAGCAGAUUGUGAUAUCAGCCUUCUGUCCGAAGAUUGCAGUCAGUUGUACUGAACACUCGAAGGUGGUGGCUGGAGCCUUUGGAUUUUCCACAGUGUUGGAGCUCUUUAGGUACUUUGAAUCGUCAGCUGUGGUUACAUCGAAGCUGGACGUGCGGUUUGUCAAGCCUAUCCAUGACGUCUUGGAGGAGCAAAAGAACGUUGAGGGCCAAUUGAGGUUGCACAGUAUCCUUGGAAGUGGAGCCGCCCAUGGAAACAGUUUUAGUGGCGGAGACAAGUCGUUCGGGUUACCCUCUGAGCUGUUCAACAUGAGGUCGUUGGAAACAUUGGCGAACGAUGUGAUCAAGGAUGUGGACUCUGAGCUAAGAGAGUUGCUAGCAUCGGAGCAAAGAGACUCGGAGAAGGUGAUUGACCUUCAAAAUUCGAUAUACACGAAGUAUUUCACCAAGCUGGUAUCCUCAACUGCACCUUCGCCUUACGAGACUUUCAACCACCCUAUUCUACAGCUUUUCGUGGCAUCUGCAGACGACGAUGCCCUUUCAUUGAAAAGGUUGAUUUCAGACUGGAAGUCGCUGGAACUGCCCAAUUGGAUUGACAAAGACGAGAUACUUCCGCUAGCUAUUAUAAUUGUCAAUAAGAAUGUUGCUGACGAUCUUCAGAGGGGUUUGCGCUUGCAGGAAACGUUGAAGCUUGACAUGGGAAUAAAGAGCUCGCUUCUUUCUGUCUCUGUUCCGGGUAUAGGAGACGACGAUGUUGUGGAGGAAACUGCCACCAAGCUAGCAACUGUUCACAAGCCGAUAUUCGAUACCGUUGACGAAGAACUGAACAGAGUCCAUUUUUCAAGACCCACGGUGGAGAUUCCGUUGAAGUCCAAACGGUCCGUUGAAACGUUCCUCCAGGAGAUAAUCCAAAACGUGAUGGUUCCAUUCAUGAGAAGGAAGAUCAAGCUAUGGACAGACGAGGUUGUUGCCCCGAGAAAGAGUCUUGCUGGGAGACUCUUUGGAGCUGGUCGGAAGUGGGGAAACGCUGGCUCGAGUUCCCUGUUCUCUAUGGGAGAUAAUAAGAAGGGAUCUCCACAGCCUCAGACCAUGAGCUCGUAUAACGAAACUGAGGGCUAUUACUAUGCGAAAUCCCCGGACUUUUUGAUCAGAAGAUUGGGAGAUUGGUCUUUCAUGCUGCGUGACUACAAGGACUCGUAUACCACGUACGAGCUGCUCAAGAAGGAUUUUCUGAAUGACAAAGCGUGGUGCCAUCUUUCGUCGUUACAAGAAUUCAUGCUGAUAUCUCUGCUGAUCGGUGCCAGCAACAGAAUAACACCUCUCGAUGUGGCCGGCAGCGGGAACGGAAUCACGCCCAAAAUCAUCCACGAUCUCAUAAACCCAAUGGUCGACUCGAUAUACUAUUCCUACUUCUCUCGGUCCAAUCUCAAGACGUAUACUUUGCGAUCUGUGAUUGUGCUUGCAGAGCUGUUCAUAGCUCUGAGUCAAUCGACCGUUUCGAGCAGCACCGUCACCGAAAUAUAUUGCGGUCAGGCUAUCAGAUUACUGAGGAAGAUCGUUGACGGAAACAUUGUUGAUAGCACUUUCAAGGGAAAGCUCAUGGAAAGAAUAGCGUAUGUCUACGGGUGCUAUUACCGAGCCGUUGUAGAGGCCUCUCCCCCACAAAAACCCACACCGGAUCCCGAGAACGGAGACGACCAGCCGAUUGCCAAUGUUUUGAAAACACACUACAAAAACACAGACCAUCUUGGAGAGACCAGGCACCGAAAAAGUGCACUCUGGCUGCUGAUGGCAUGCAGACAGCUAGACCCUAUCAUCAAGCCGGUUCAGGUGAAGGUCUUGCUGGAUGAGAUAGACGUGCAGAUAGCGCAGGGAGAAGGCGAUCCCGCGGAUCAUAUGUGGCUAUAUAGGGAGAACCAGCUUCUGAGCAAGCUGAAAACAAGUGUCAGCUGA